UCAGCAGCAGCGGCGAUGGCGGGGCUGGGAGCGGAGCUGGACGAGGCGGCGCUGGCGCUGAUGGAGGCGCUGGAGACGCUGCAGCAGCGGCGGCAGCUCCUGGAGCGGCUCCUGCGGGAGGGGUGGCUCUCGCUGUCCCAAGCCCGGUACUGCCUGGGCUGCCACCGGGUCUCGGCCCUGCAGUAUGGGGCCACUAUGGUGCCAAGGGUGCGGGUGCUGGUCAGGCAGGAACCAGGGGGCCCCCCCCGCUUUGAGGAGGUGCCGGGGACUUGGGAGGACCCCGAGGACACCCAGGAGGGGGGGGGCAAUGGGCUGCGCCAGCGCCGGGGACCCUCAGAGAAAGGGGGGGCCCCUCCGCGCCCCCCCCCGGACCCUUUGACCUGGUUCGGGGUCCUGGUGCCCCCCACAUUGCGGAGAGCACAGAGCUCCUUCAGCCAAGGGGUGACGCUGGCGCUGGAGGUGGCAGCGCUGCAGAGCGAGGUGAUGGAGGCGGCCGCUCGGUACCGGGCUCUGCUGCGGGGGCAGCGGCGCCCUCGUGUGGACACGGAGGGGAACGGCGAAGAUGACCUGGAGCUGCACGAGGACCCUGUGGGUACCAUGGAGCCGAUCUGUGGGUGACAGUGACGUCACCCGUCACAACAGUGAUGUCACCCCUCGCAACCCAUCACAAAGAGUGAUAUCACUGUUUACAACAGUGACGUCACCACAACAGUGACAUCACUGCUCACACAGUGACAUCAUCACUUGUGUCACCAUGCCCCUAAUAAAGACAAUGGAAGCCACA